AUGAAGCUUACGAUCCCCGUAGCCGCACUUGCGGUGGCUCUCACCAGCGUCUCUGCUUUCCCCAUCGACAGCAGUAGCACGCACGAUCUCACCACCACCGGUGGUUUUGCCGGAUCGCUAUUCAACGCUCUCACUUCCUCCUUCAAAGAUAUGUUCUCCGCUCGUCUGGUCCAGACUGCACCCGAUCAGGAACCUUAUUGGACUACAGAGUUUGGCAAGCAAGUGUUGUGGUACCGCGGCAUUCACUUUAUGGAUCUUACCGACACUCCUGACCUUGGUGUGCUUAAUGCUGCUCGAACUGCCGCCUCCCCUCAGUCGCUGCUUCAGGACUCCUCCAAAUUCCCUGCCAAGGUUUCGCAUAAGAAAGAGCUCAAGUCAGUCUUCAAAGAGAUCAGCGAAGACGGACCCAGGAAGCAUCUGGAGAAAUUCACAUCCUUCCACACUCGUUAUUACAAGUCCGAAACUGGCCGUCAAUCCCAAGCAUGGCUUUUCAAAACCGUAUCCGAAGUUGUCAAGAACAAAGACUACAUCAAAGUGGAAGAAUUCACUCACCCCUGGGGUCAAAACUCCAUCCUACUCAAGAUCAAAGGUUCAAAUUCCACCCUCACCGAACACCGCGGAGUAACCAUCUUGGGUGCACAUCAAGACUCAACGAACCUUUUCCCUUUCUUCGCUGCCCCCGGUGCCGACGAUGACGGUUCGGGAACAGUGACCAUUAUCGAAGCACUCCGCAUCCUUCUCUCUGCAAACUGGCAACCCCAAUCCGACGUCGAAUUACACUGGUACUCUGCUGAAGAGGGAGGUUUGCUCGGCUCCCAAGCCGUCGCUCAAUCCUACGAGAGAAAGGGUACGAAAGUGAAUGCGAUGCUACAGCAAGAUAUGACAGCUUUCGUCAAGGCUGGUACGGAAGAAACGGUGGGAUUGGUCAGCGAUUUCGUUUCGACCCCCUUGACGAAGUUUAUAGGGCUGUUGGUGGAUGAGUAUCUGGAUAUCGGAUAUACGGAGACGAAGUUGGGUUAUGCUGGAUCGGAUCAUGCCUCUUGGACGAAGAUCGGUGCGGAUAGUGCCUUUGCGAUCGAGGCUACGUUUGAGAAUAGUAACCUGAAGAGGAUUCAUACGACGGGAGAUACGUUUGAUCAUCCAGAGUUCAGCUUUAAGCAUCUGAUGCAGUUUGUUAGGUUGAGUGCUGGCUUUGUUGUUGAGUUGGCCGGAUGGGGGGAGGCUAAGUAA